GCUUCCCUCCAAGCACGCAACUUCCAAGCAUGACUCAGCCUACCCUCAAGCUCACCUACUUCGACGGCAAGGGCCGCGCCGAGCUGCCGCGCCUCAUCUUCAACUACGGCGGCGUGGCGUUCACGGACGACCGCAUCUCGCACGCCGACUUUGGCGCUCUCAAGCCCACGCUGCCGUUCGGCCAGGUGCCGAUCCUCGAGGUGGAUGGCGUCGUGUACGCCCAGAGCAUGGCCAUCGCCCGCUACGCUGCUAAGAUUGCUGGCCUGUACCCAAGUAACGCGGUGGAGGCCCUGAAGGCCGACAUGUUCUCGUGCUCGAUGGGUGACCUGGAGGGACCGUUCGUCGACAUUGCCUUCAAGACUCCCGAUGAGGCCGAGAAGGCCCAGAAGAAGAAGGUCUUCAUCGAGGAGACGGUGCCCAAGUUCUUCGCCACGCUCGAGAAGCUGGUGGCCGACAAGUUCAUCCUCGGCGGCAAGAUCUCGUACGCGGACCUGCAGUUCUUCGACUUCGUGAACAACAAGAUCUCGUGGAUCUUCCCGGACUUUAAGACGGACGCGUUCCCCAAGCUCACUGCCGUCGUGAACAACGUCAAGGCGGAGCCCAAGAUCGCCGCCUACCUGUCGAAGCAGUAGAUUGGUUGCCUCUGUAGUUUAUAAUCAGAGCCACAAAGCUAAAAAAACGAACAAGUUUCUAGUCUUCCAAC